AUGGAGAAGUUUAUGCUUUUCGCUGGGGUUCGUUUAGAGGAGGUUGUUCUCUUUUCGUUUGUUGCUUUAGUUGUCCAUGUGGCGACUCGACGGGAGCGGUCGUUAUUGACCGCUGCACCGGAGUCGUCGUCUUUGGGGUGGAGGUCUAAGUCGGUGGUGGCACACUCGUUCUUUGGAACAUCUCGAUGUCCUGGGUGGUGUACGGCCGUUCCUGGGUUGCAGGGCCCGCUUGCGGUUGCUUGCUCUCCGGAGGACUCGGUGUCACAGAAGGGAGCGCCACUGGUGGUUGAGCCGCCAGCUUUGUCCCCCCCCUGGGCCGUCCCUAGCACUGGUUUCUUCCUUCUUCUUCCUCUUCCAGUCCGUGACCCGGUGUACGUGACUCGAAACUCCAACAUGGAGCCGAAGCUGGCAAUCAGUCCCCCCAGGUGGGGGGGUAGCUCGAGAGCGCAGGUAGACACGUCCACCUUCAUUGAAAGACAGCUGGAGAAAAAAAAGUGUCAACAUAAAUUGGAGGGGCCGGGCGUAGCCCACUGGUAAAGCAUGGUCGGUCUAGGAUCGAUCCAUUUUUAUUGGACCAUUGUGCUAUUUCUUAUUACAGCCAGUGCACCACCACUGGUACAUGUAUAUCAAAAGCUGUGGUAUGGU